CAACGCCAAAAGCGAAUGGUCGACCUUCACCUUAAGCACCGCUAUAAAUGUCUUGCUCCGCAUUGCAGGCAGCACCGGCACAAGUUCGAUAUCAAGUACAACGAGAAGGACGACACCGUGACCUACCGCCAGAGACUUAUCCACAUAUUUGACCAGGAGCUGUCGGGUCGCUUCAAGGCGGAUGACGUGGUGACAGUGGUGAACCCAGCGCUGUUGAGCAUGAUGGGCAUCAUGCAGAACAUCCCCGUCCUGUCCAAGGGGACCAUGUUCGUGGACGCGGCCGCGCCCCUGCUGUUCCCCGGAGGCCUAUUCGUCACGACCACGGCCGACGAACUGCUGUUCCGCGGGGUGCGCAUCAAGUGCGGCAGCCUGGAGGGCGAGUCCGCGGCCGCGGGCCUGGCGAGCGCCGUGCGCGCAAACGCGGGCAUCCCCAUCAAGCCGCGCCUCGCCGCGCUCAUCACCUGCUCCUCCUUCAAGCGGAUCAAGGUGCCCUCCGUGCGCGUGGCGGACAACGGGGACGUGCUCUUCUCACUCUUCGGCAUGAAAAACAACACCGACGACGGCCUGUACACGGUCCAGACGGGCAUCACGCAGCCCGAGAAGCUGGGCCAGAUCACGGCCUGGGAGGGCAAGAGCAGCGUGACCGCGUGGGGAGGCCCGAAUUGCAACAAGAUCAACGGCACGCAGGGCGACAUCUUCAGCCCCUACAUCACCAAGGAGACCACCAUCAGCGUCUUCUCCACCGACAUCUGCAGGUCAAUGGCGUUGAAGUACGUGCAGGACACGAGCUUCCAGGGCAUCGACGGCUACCGGUUCGCGCCGAACUGGGAGGUGAUGGCGAGCCCCGAGCAGAACGGCAACAACUACUGCUUCUGCCCGCAGUCGGCCAGCGGCCUCACCAAGAACAACGGAUGCCUGCGGAAGGGCGCCAUGGAUCUGUCCGGUUGCCAAGGCAUCCCAGUCAUUGUGUCCUACCCGCACUUCUACCAGGCGGACGAGGUGUACCAGAACGGCGUCGAGGGGCUAAACCCGCAGGAAUCGCUGCACCGGAUGCAGCUCGACAUUGAACCGAUGACAGGAACUCCGUUGUUGGGGGGUAAAAAGAUGCAGCUCAACUUUCAGAUGAAACAGGUGGAUGGCGUUAACCUCACCUCUGGAGUGCGGGAUACACUUUUUCCUGUCGCGUGGAUGUACGAGGGCGCAAUGCUCAACACUGAACUGCUCGACCUGCUCAACGGGCUCCUCUUCAGCAAGCUCGAGAUACUGAACGCGAUCAAGUACGCCAUGCUGGCGUUGGGCGCCGUCAUGUUCACAUCGGGCACGGUCAUGUUCACCGUGAUGAGGAUGAGGAGGCGGACUGUGCGGCCGGUGUCACAACCAUCAUCGCCCCAAAGGCCGAGUGCUCCCGUGGUGGGACGCGCGGGCGGGGCGGGCGACGUGGUGCUCAUCACCCCGAACCUGAAGCACCCCUCCGCGCCCGCCGACACCGCCGAGACCAGGCUGCACGCCGGCAGCAACGGCGUCUAGGGCGGCAGGCUCCCCCGGGACCUCCUGGACCUCCUGGACCCCCUGUACCUCCGGGACCUCCGGGACCUCCGGGACCUCCGGGACCUCCUGGACCUCCUGGACCUCCUGGACCUCUGGGCCAUGGGCCCGGUCCCGGUGGGUGGGCGAUGAUCUCAGGGCUGUCCGCGCCGCGCGCGACGGCCAGCGUGACGCUUCGAGACCGGCGGAAGCCAAGUAUUGUGGUGCCGCUUAUUCGGACCAGGCGCUCUCCGCCCCCAGCCGUGAAGCGGACGGACAUGACGCAGAAAACAGGGUACAUUUGAAGAACGACGUGUCGUGGGACGAGACUUCGUUUGACUGAGCCGCUCCGUGCCAACAAAUCCAAGCAAUUGUCUGUGAUGUUAUUAUUUUUUCUGAGUGUUUAUUUAAGUUAGUGUAAGGAGUUGCAGCGGCCAGUUUUUGGUCGCUGCGGCGAAUGAACCUGCAUAGAUUGCGGGUCGCUCGCGGGUAAAUCAAUUUCCGGUCCUCUUUUAAAAUGAGUCUGAUCCUGGAUUACGGAAGGAGUUUCCAUUUCCUCAAUCUCCUUCAAGGUAACUACGCGAUGUCGGAGUUUUCGAUUCCCGUAUUUCGUAGUAUGAUGUGGUUUAAAUAAGGCGCACGCAGUGCCACAUUGAUGGACCAAUAUAUUUUUAUCCUCUUUUUUUUUUCAUUGUAAAUACGACUUUAUUGUAUUUUCUCUUGCCAAAAUCAUUAGGCACCUAAUCCGGAGGCAAGCUCGCAAAACAGGUUCCUAGUGACCCGCUAUAAAUUAAGGCGAUACUCGCGAUCCGUUAUAUGCUCAAUCUGUUUGUAUUAGAUUUUAAAUGUGUACUUAGUUUUUAAGUCUUUACGUACAUUUGACCAUGCUACAAGACAAAUAUCAGAUGAGCUGUGUUUUAACUUUAUAAUUCGCUGAGAGCGACAGAUCAAUAUUUUCACACAGGACUAAUACGUGUGCAUUUUCAGGGUGGGUGUUCUAAGCCUUUAUUUUACACUGUACCGGAUGCAGGCGUGCGUACCGGUUGCAUACUCGCACGGGGUCGUACGGCGCCGCUGUGAGAGCCGGCAGGUAAGCCCGGGCCAACCGCACGCUUACGUGCCGCACAGUGUAACCCGAAAGGGGUGCAGCUUGGAACACCCACCCUGUAUAAAUUGAGACCUUACGACCUAUCCAUGUAGAACAGCAGGCAUCCACUCUGACGUAUAGCAAGGUGUAGAUAAGAAUAAGGGUGUGUGGAAAAAUUCGCCUGUCCAAAUGUCAAGUGCUCUCUAAGUUGCUGUUAUCCGGUAAACAAAAGUGCGGCUGAAAAGUGAGAUAAGACAACUGUCGUUGAGCCACGCCACACCUCCCGUGAGGUACGCACACUCCUCCGCGAUUGUCAACCCAUCACUGUUCUGAAUAUUGCUCAAUCCUCGGCUCAAUCAUUGCAUAAAUAUUAAAUAAAUGAUGAUAUUUUGUUUA